AGAGCCCCGCGAAGAGUUCAGAGGUCAAAGGGCGUUGAGGGGCGUUAGGUCGCUGUCCUCGGGGACGGGGAGGCUGGGACAGGAUAUGAAGUGGGAAGAAUCAAGUCGCAACCAAGUGCUAUUUUCAAAAAAGAUGCUAUCUCAACAAUAGUCUGUUUUCCACUGACACUAUGGCUGAAGACACCCUUGAUUUUCAUCUGAAUACAUGCAUUCUAGUACAUCCAAUGUUACAUCAUCAGGUUAACAGGCAUGGAGAUCCCCUCCUCCAGGGUUUGGAGAGCAGUCUCAAUGGGCACUAAAACUCUGGACGAGAUCCGAUAAAGGUAGAUGGACUAUAAGGCAAUUGCCCAGCAAACUGCUGAACAAGUUUUAGCUUACAAUCAAGACCUGUCUGGCUGGAAAGUCAUUAAAUCUUCAAAAAAGAUAACUGUUUCCAGCAAGCCCUCUAGACUAUUCCACGGAAACCUAUACCGUGUUGAAGGAAUAAUUCCAGAAUCAGCAGCUCAUCUCUCUGAUUUCCUCUUCAAACAUGAUCACAGAGUUUCAUGGGAUAAGUCAUUGAAGGGGUUCAAUGUGAUACACAAGAUUGAUUCGGACACACUUAUAUGCCACACCAUUACACAAAGUUUUGCCAUGGGCUCAAUUUCCCCUAGAGACUUUAUCGACUUAGUACACAUCAAGCAUAAUGAAAGGAAUAUGGACAUUAUCAGUACUAAAAGUGUGGACUUCCCAGGGUUUGCUCCAACUUCGCAUUAUAUCCGUGGCAUUAAUCAUCCCUCCGGCUAUGUGUGUUCACCUCUGAAAGAAAACCCAGCAUAUUCCAAGCUAGUGAUGUUUGUCCAGACAGAGAUGAAAGGAAAAUUGCCUGCAUCGGUAAUUGAAAAGUCUAUGCCUUCCAACUUAGUAAGCUUCUUCCUCAAUGUGAAAGAUGGCAUAAAGACUUACAAAACUCCACCCAUACGUGCACGUCACAGUAGUCACUCAUCUGUACACAAAAAGAAAGGAAGCCAUUCUGCCAUUAAACCAUAGAGAUUUCAGACAGCACAAACUACUAGUAAGUGUAGUUUGUUACUGCAGAUUACUCCUAAGUCAAUGUGAAUAAAUCUGUUCAACUUCUCUAGGCAUUAACCUGGUACAGAGUACUUAAAAUAUUUUGUCCAAAUAAGAACUUCACUGUACAAAAAAACUCAAUUAAAUAUAGUUUUUAAGC